CCUUUUUCAUUAGAUAUUCGCAGAGAUAUUCAUGAUUUUCUCUUCGAUUCGUCUAUACGUUUUCGAAAAUUGCCGACGACAAAAUCUCGUGAAGAUAUUCAAGUUUUACGUUCGUCUUUGAGUUGUCAAGCAUAUUCUCAAGUUUUGCCUGAUGAAGAACGUAACAAUCAAUUUAAGCAUAAUGGUCAAAUGAAACAUGCUGUACGAUCAUAA